UUUUACUGGGAAAUUUAUAUGUAGUAUUAUUAAGGUUUUUUUAAGGUAAUACCCAAACUAUAUUAAUUCAAACAAUCGUUCGCAACUACAACCAGCCAAAAACUUAAAACAUCACCAUCUAUAUCUUCCAAAAAUUUCAUCUAGACACACUAAAAUCCCUACAAUCAAACACUAGAAUCCCUAAAAUCCUUACAACCAAAGAAGCAACGCAAAUCACUGACUAUCAAACGGGCAAUAUAGAGUUCUUACUAACCCUUAAGGUCACCGUAUACAUCCCAAAAAUAAAAAAAAAACAAGGUAAAAAGUGUAACAAAAGAAAAAUAAAUCUUUUAAACUAAAAAUAAAAAAUAGAGCAAGAAAUUGCAGUUAUCCAAACCCUAGCCGCUCGUUUCCUCCACACUGGUUGUUCAGGAGGGGGGCGGAUCAUCGGUACAUUACUUUUUUCCUCCAGUAGCGAAUGAUCGUAAGCCUUUUGAAAAUUAUCAAACUUGAAUUGGCCAAUUUCUUGUUCAUCUCAUUCUCAGAUUGAACUCUAUUGACGAUUUUGGACUUCUGUAUAUCUUCUCCGCACACUGGUACCCAAAACUCAUAAAGGAAUCUGCAUAGCCAAAAAACUGCUCCUUAACUGCCGAUGUACGACUACAUAAACCCUAGGCAACCUAGCGCAUCUCUUCCUCUUUUUAAUUAGUUGCAAGUACAAUAAGUUUAUAUUAAGAAAUAAUGACAUAAAUAUAACCAAAAUUAAGAUGAUUUACAAAAAUAUAACUAGUUACUAGAGUAUUAAUGAAAUCAUAGUAAUUCAUGUUCAAGUUUUGAACUUAAGUUACCACAACACUACGUUGUAGUAAUGAAUAGUCAUAUUUAUGUAAAUAAGUUUUAUUUUAGUAAUAUUCUUAUAAAAUACUCUUAUAUUAAUGGUAAUUAAGAUCGUUCGUUUAAAAGUCUUUUUUUUGUCCAAAUUAUAAAAUGAUUACUUUUGUCUAUUAAAUAUCUAUUAGUAUUAUAUCUACCAUUGUUUCAAAAUAUAAGUUGCUAUAAUGGAUUCUCUAUUGCGUGGAUCACAUGGAUGUAUUGCACAUAGAGGUUAUUCAAAGAUUUAAAAUUGUCUGUUUUGUGUCAAGUGAGUCAGGUUGAUUUGUAUGAGAUAUCUAAUUCUAUAUAUAUUCCUAAAGUUUAGGAUUGUAUGAGGUUGUCUUGUAUGCUUUUUUGAUAUUAAUAUAAAGUCGCUCUUUUAUUUUCAAAUAUUAUCAAGUAUGUAUGUAAUAAAUUUAGUGAGAGGAACAAGAAAAGUAAAUUGGGAUAAAAUGGGGGAUAGGGAGUAAUUGAUUACUCUCUUUGUCCUUUAAAAUUUUAUUAUCUUUUCUUUUUUUGAAAAACUUUAUCAUUUCUCUUUUAAUUAAUUAAUUUGCAGUUUUAAUUAUUUCUCUCUUCUAUACACAAACCUUAACGACGUAAUUUUUAUUUGUUGUUUUGGCCUUUUGGGUGUUGUUACUUAGGAUGUUUUCUUUUGCACUGAAAUUUGUUGGUCUGAUUUGGUCUGGUCUGAACUGAUCUGGUCUGGUAAACAUCUGAUCUUUGUGGAAGUCUGAUCUAGUCUGAUCAGACCUGUGACUAAAAUAGUCCAAAAGAAAACAUCAUUAAACUUUAGUCAAGUUUCAAGGGAAGAGAGAGUCAAACCAAAAUACCAAAUGCAGCCCAAUAGAAAUGAAACAAAAACUAGACGCAAUCCCAAAUGCCCACCACCCUAAAGAGUCAGUCAACCAAAACGUUUUGCAAUAACGCAAUAACGACCACGCCGCGUCAGUGUCUCAUCGAGGAAUCUGCUCCAUUCAUUACUUUUUACAGUAUCUUUUAGUUCUUCUCUGAAAUUCAAUUCUUUGCAGCUAAGUGUUGCUAUUUAAAAGUUAAAACCCCAUUAAUUUCGGAUGUCUGCAUCUACAGGCUACAACCAUGACAAUUCAAACUUCUGAGAAAAUCUCCUCUGCUUCAUUCCCUGGCCGGAGAGGGAGCGGGAUUCUGCAUUUUGUCAAGUACCAAGGCCUGGGAAACGAUUUCAUUUUGGUAGAUAAUAGAGACUCGACAGAACCGAAGGUCACGCCAGAGCAAAUAUUGAAGCUCUGUGACAGAAAUUUCGGUGUGGGUGCAGAUGGAGUUAUUCUGGCUAUGCCAGCAGUGAAUGGUGCUGAUUAUACCAUGAGGAUAUUCAACUCUGACGGUACUGAAGAUCAGAUGUGUGGCAAUGGUGUGCGGUGCUUUGCCAUAUAUGUAGCUGAGCUUGAGAAUCUGAAGGGGAGGCAAAGGUUUACAGUUCAUACAGGAGCGGGUCUAAUUGUUCCUGAAAUCCACGACGACGGGAAGGUUAUUACAGUUGAUAUGGGCGAACCAAUUCUUAAAGCAUCAGAUGUACCAACCAAACUUCCAGCAAAUAAAUGUGAAUCUGUUAUAAAGUCAGAGCUUAAUGUCAAUGGAUUGAUUUGGAUUGUAACAUGUGUUAGCAUGGGGAAUCCUCAUUGUGUAACAUUCAGUACUAAAGAAGCCGAGAAGUUGCAAGUUGAUGAACUAAAUUUAGCUGAAAUUGGUCCAAAAUUUGAGUAUCAUGAUAUGUUCCCAGCCAGGGUCAUUGCAGAGUUUGUGGAAGUUCUCUCUCCUUCACAUUUGAAAAUGCGUGUUUGGGAACGCGGUGCUGGAGCAACUCUGGCAUGUGGGACUGGAGCUUGUGCAACAGUGGUUGCAGCUGUGCUUGAGGGUCGUGCCACGAGGAAAUGUGUGGUUGAUUUACCUGGGG